CACACACACAGCAUAUGUACAGUCACUUCCUGGAAUGAGUCAAGAUUUCUUGUAACAGGGAAAUGAAACAGAAACUAUUCUGAGCUCAGGCACCAUUUUACAGUCAACACUCGUAUGGAUAUCGGACAAGUCCUCAAGAUGGUUGGUUCAAAGUCAGAGCGAGACAAAAUAACCCCAUCAAGUUCUCCGUCCAUGAGAAGUGACUCAUCCAAAGUUGAUCCUUUAAACUUCUCAGAUUAUCCCGGAUCACUGCAAAAAAGGAUUCAACACAUCAACUCACACUGGGACCAGUCUGCUUCAUUUGGACAGCCUCCCAGUUCCCAAUGUGGAAAAAGACCUAAAACCAGAGUUGCACUUCAAAUAACUAAUAAGAACUGCCUUCUUCAAGAAGAUGAUCGUCUGCAGCAGGUCCUAAAGGAUCAUAAGAUCAGUCUGAGGAAGAGAUGUGAAUGUGAGACUGAAGGAAGUGAUGAAACAGGAAGUACAAACCUCCUCAACAGGAUCAACACUGAUCUCUACAUCACAGAGGGACAGAGUGAAGAGGCUAAUACCCAACAUGAGGUGAAGCAGCUGGAGACAGCUUCCAAGAUCCAGAACCUCCAUGACUCUCCAAUCAGGUGCCAUGACAUCUUUAAAGCCUUCCCUGAUCAACAUGGAGCCAUCAGAGUGGUUCUGACCAACGGAGUCGCUGGCGUUGGAAAAACCUUCUCAGUGCAGAAGUUCACUCUGGACUGGGCAGAGGGCUUGGAGAACCAAGAUGUCAGUGUGUUGGUUCUGCUUUCGUUCAGGGAGCUGAACUUGAUCAGAGAUGAGCAGCACAGUCUUCUCACGCUGCUCCAUGUUUUCCAUCCAACCCUCCAGAAGCUCCCAGCAGAGCAGCUGGCUGUCUGCAAACUUCUCUUCAUCUUUGAUGGCCUGGAUGAAAGCAGACUUUCACUGGACUUCAACAACAGUCAGCUGGUUUCUGACGUCACACAGAAGUCAUCAGUCAACAUUCUGCUGACAAACCUCAUCAAGGGGAACCUGCUUCCCUCGGCUCUCAUCUGGAUAACUUCCAGACCUGCAGCAGCCAAUCAGAUCCCUCCUUCAUGUAUUUCCAGGGUAACAGAAGUACGAGGCUUCACCGAUGCCCAGAAGGAGGAGUACUUCAGGAGGAGGUUCAGUGAUGAAGAGCUGUCCAGCAGAAUCAUCUCCCACAUCAAGACCUCCAGGAGCCUCCACAUCAUGUGUGGAAUCCCAGUCUUCUGCUGGAUCACUGCUGUAGUUCUGGAGAACAUGUUGACAUCAGAGCAAAGAGGAGAGCUGCCCAAGACCAUGACUGACAUGUACUCCCACUUCCUGCUGGUCCAGACAAAGAGGAAGAACAAUAAGUACCAUGGAGGACAUAAGACAAGUCCACAAGAGCUGAUGGAGGCUGACAGGGAAGUUCUUCUGAAGCUGGGGAGGCUGGCGUUUGAACAUCUGGAGAAAGGAAACAUCAUGUUCUACCAAGAAGACCUGGAGCAGUGUGGUCUGGAUGUCACAGAGGCCUCAGUGUACUCAGGACUUUGUACAGAGAUCUUCAAAAGAGAGAGUGUGAUCUUCCAGAAACCAGUCUACUGCUUUGUUCAUCUGACCAUCCAGGAGUUUCUGGCUGCAGUCUACAUGUUCCACUGCUUCACCAAUACGAACACAGAGGUGGUGGAGAAGUUCCUGGAUGACAUCAAAAAAGUAAAACCCAGCAACUCAAAUCCAUCAUCAAGUUCUAGAAUCAGUGAUCGUCCUAGUCAAUCUAUAGAUCUGUUUCUGGAUCAAGUUCUGAGGAGAUCCCUAAAAAUCCUGAAUGGCCACAUGGAUUUGUUUGUUCGUUUCCUUCAUGGCUUCGCUUUGCCCUGUAACCAGAGACUUUUGGCAGGCCUGGUGACUCAGACUAAGACCAGUCCAGAUGUCAUACAGAGAGUCAUCAACAACUUGAAGAAGACAAGCUCUGAAGACAUUUCUCCUGACAAAGGCAUCAACAUCUUUUACUGUCUGGUAGAAAUGAAGGACCAUUCAGUUUAUCAGGAGAUCCAAGAGUUCCUGAAGUCAAAGAACAAAUCAAAGUGUGAACUUUCUGAGAUCCAUUGCUCAGCUCUGGCCUCCAUUCUGCAGAUGUCAGAAGAGGUUCUAGAUGAAAUGGAGCUAGUGAGGUACAACACGUCAAAGGAAGGACGGCGCAGACUCAUCCCAGCUGUGAGGAACUGCAGGAAGUUUGUACUGACGUUCUGUGACCUGUCUGAGACUCACUGUGAAGUUGUGGCUUCAGCUCUGAAGUCCAACCCCUCCCAUCUUGCAGAGCUUGACCUGAGCUAUGACGGCUUGCACCAUUCAGGACUGCAGCUUCUGUUUGCUGGACUAGAAAGUCCAAACUGCAGACUAGAGAAUCUGAGGCUGAUCAACUGCAGUUUAUCAGAGAGCAGUGGAGCACAUCUGGCCUCAGCUCUGAAGUCCAACCCCUCCUACAUGAAACAUCUGGAUCUGAGCAGCAACAGGCUGAAGGAUGCAGGUGUGGAGCAGCUGUGUGGGUUUCUGAAGAGUCCUUACUGCAAACUCCAAACACUGAGACUCAGGAACUGCAGCUUGACUGGGAUCAGCUGUUUGUCUUUGGUUUCGGCUCUGGGGUCCAACCCGUCCCAUCUGGCAGAACUGGACCUGGUUGACAACAGGCUGAAGGACCCAGAUGUGGAGCAGCUGUGUGACCUGGCAGCCAGUUCAGACUUUAGACUGGAAACUCUCAAAUGGAAAUAGCGAUUCUUCCAAAUGAAACACAGAGAAAGAAAGAACCAGAUGAUACGGAGAAGUUGAAGCAGCAGCAAAUGAUCGGUCCAGAGAAAACCUGGGAAGACGAGCAGGAAGCAGCUUCCAGGGAAAACUCUAGGAAGGAUGUUCAUGUUCUCACUUCAACAUGGUGGUUUUAUCCUAGUGGUGUGUUUUAUAUGAUUUUGCCUCAUUUUAAUGUGUAUCAUUACUACCUGGCUUAUUUUGCAGCACUUUUUUUCUUUUCAUGGAUUUUAAAAGUCUUUAAUUGGAUGAAAUUAAAAACAAACCAGAAACUUUUUGACCUGAAUGUCAGAAAAAAUAAAGAAAUGAUUAAGAAAUUAACAGUGAUGAAGAUGCUUGAGGAUAAAUAGUUGCAUACAUGAACUGUUAUCAUUUCUAGAAUCAGUGGUUCUGAUUAAAACUGAGUUUAAUGAAAAACAAAACAUUUGCUUUUUGAAAACUCAACUCAAAUGAGACACUACACAAAAUCUACAUCUGUCAGGUUUUGUGGUGUGAGUGGUGGUGAGGCAGAGGCAGCAAACCCAGGUAGCAAUAAAGUAGACAAUUUAAUAAGAUGCAAAUCCAAAAGUCCAGAACACAGAGAAGCAGAGAGCAAUGAUCACAACAGGUGACAACUGGAAACUAGACAGACACGACGAGGAACAAAGAACACAGGUGGGGUUAAAUACACAGAGACAAUCAAAGAGACAAGAAACACCUGGAAACAAUCAAGGGGAGACAGGACAACACGGAGACUCAGAGAGACAGAAACUCAAAAUAAACACCGAUAAGGAACAGAUCCCGACAACAUCUUUUCUAUUGUCUGUUAUUUGAUGUGAUAUUAUGGGAUGUUUUGCUCUGCAGUGUGAUGUCUAGAUGUGAUUUCAAUAAAUGGUUGAUUCUA